AUGUCAUUUUAUUUUAAAAAUCGCGUCGCCACUCAAAGAAAUAUUGAGAACCAAUGGCUUUACGAAUGUUUACCGCCAGUUUCGCUGGCCGUACCCGCACUAAACCUGUUGUGUUAUAAUAUGUAUAGCGAAGUUGUAGCGGUCGGAAUUAUUGAAAACGGCUAUAAUACAAAUUUACUGCCGACAAUUGGACAAUGUGGGUAUAUGGCCGAUUUAUUAUUUUUUGUUAUGGGAGCUGUUAAAAAAGAUUACUUCUUACAGGGAUACCUAUAUAUGCAUUGUAACCGGAUCAAAGGGAAAUGCGAAUUAAAUAGAUUUCUCGGUUUUAUUAUAAAAAUAAUCCAACAUAUUUAUUUGGGAUCCAUUACCAAAAAUAAUAAAAUUUAAUAUUCAGUUUGUGUUUGUGUUAAUGUUAAUGUGUAAAUGUUCAGUUAAUAUACAAAAUUAUGCGUAAAAUUAUAUUUUAUCACUGUGUUAUCUGUUUCCGUCGUCUGUUUUUGAAACGUUUCGUCGAACAUGAUUACUCCAGGGCACAGAUAAUAGAGAUAAUCCAGGGCCGAUAGAAGACUCGAACCUACCAGACCGGACUGUAAUGAAUUCCAAAAUAAAAAUUUAUGGGGGCAGCCACUGUUAUAAGUGAGAAGUUGGGAUAGUAGUAGAGGAGAAAUUGAAUGUAUAUAUGUAAGAAGCGACGAACCAUUGCUAACGAAAAAACGAUUCUGAGCGGAGUUCGGUUGAUAAUGUUGUUUUGUCAACAAUAUAUCAAUAUAUUCCUGUCAUAUUAUGAUGAAAUAAAUGCACAUAAAUUAUACAUUUUCUUUAAUAAUAUUUGUUAUAUAUAUAUAUAUAUAUAUAUAAUAUAAUAUAUAUGUAUAUAUUUUUUUUUUUAGAUUUUGACUGUAGCGAAGAAUGUGUAUUGGUUUUACUAGGAUGUUUAUUAUUUUUUUUAUUAAUCCUAUAUACAAAAAUUCAACCAUAAAUCCAAUAAAAUCAUAAAACCAUAAAAAAAUUGUUUGCAUUUUUUCCCUUUUAAGUAAACAAGAAAAAACAAAUGCAUUUUGGGUGUACUUAAAAACUCAAGCCAUCGCUCGCUCAGACUAAUUUAAUCACAAAAUACCCCUCAAUUUUUGGUGCAAACUUUUCUACCAGAAAUUUCUUUCCAAUUUAAAAUGAUAGCACUUUUUCUGAAAGGAAAUCUGACUAUGAAGGCACUUUAGGAAGGUAAUUUUUCGAUUUUUCCAAGAGUUUUCCCAGUAAAUGUGAAAAACCAGGAAAACAUGGGAAAACCGGGAAAGUCGAUAAAAUAUUAAACAAAUAUUAUUAACGAAAAUAUAUAAUGCCUAUUUAAUUAUUUUACUAUAAUAUAACAUAUAUAAAUAUAUGUAUAUUGUUGACAAAGCAUUAUUAUCAACUGAACUGCACUCAGAAUAGUUUUUUCGUUAGCAAUGGCUUGUCGUUGCUUACAAAUAUACUUUAAAUUACCUAUAACAGUGGCUGCACCCGUCUUCAUUAUCCUAGGACGUCUUUUUUUUUAUAAUUGUUUUAAGAUAAAAUGUUGAAUAAAUUAUAAAAAAUAACGGAAUUUUCAAACAUGUAUAACCAAAAAAAAUAGUCUUUCUUUAGCAAUGGUUUAUUGUUCUCCUAUAGAUAUACAUUAAUUAACUGUAUGUAUCCUACCUUCUCGACUUUCCACCAACAAUCAUAGCAUACGUAUACCCAUCCCCAGAGGACCAAAAAGAGAAGCAACUUUAUUUUAAAAAAUUCAGCGGGCAACCUAAAUUAUAGGUUGUCAUGUACGACAUGACAUAUUUGACUUAAUCAAUACAAAAGUAUAUAUUAUAGUAACUUUUUUUAACCGUGGUGUUAGUGAUAAUAAUUCACAUAACGUACCUAUAGAUAAACAUAAAUAAUUAUCACAUCGACGGACACUUGAAAUAUAAUUUUCUCUGUUAUAUUAGUAGUGCUAUACCAAUACAUCCAAAAUCUAUGUAAAUUGUCAGUGUAGACUGCCGUAAUGUGGCAGUCCACUGUUUUCUAUGAUUUAAUACUAUUGGAAAGAUUACUGAUUCAGCAGUAUUGACGUAAUAUGACAUUUUACAUAUUACUGCUGUAGCAGUAAUAUCCGUUAAUGUGUUGAAUAAAUAGGUAAAUACUAAAUACACAGAUGAAUAAUUAAAUAAGUAAACAAUUAUUAGGUAAAAACAUUUAAGUGGAGUACAGAUGGAAAAUUACAAUGUACAAUAUAUGAUACACGACAUACGAUAUCCUUCAGAACUAAUAUACAAAAUAUUAUCUUCCAAAGUUCUUCAACUACUAAACCAUUUGCUUAGAAAAACGGAUAACGUACGCCAUUGUUAACAAUUUCAUUGUUUUUAUUUUUAUUUUUUUGUUGUAAUUCGAUUAAAAUUAAUCGUAGAAAUCUUGAGUUUGUACAGAACACUUUACAGAAAAAAACAUUCCCCAUAAAAAAAAAACUCAAUAUUAUAAACCGGUUUGUUUUAGUGACACCGAUUUGUGUGUUUGCAUUGGCCUUGUAGGUAUUCAGAUGUACUUAGCCGAAGGUUUGGGUGUAUGGCUCGGUUUUUUCAUAUUAUAUUUAUAUUUAUUUAUAAAAAAAAAAAACUUAUCAUAAAUAACACCGACAAUGUGACGCGUUUUAUUGUCGUUUAUAAAUCGAAGUAUUGACAUGCCGGGUAGGUACCAGAUAUCUUUAUUAUAAUUUAUAAUACUUGUAUUAUAUGUAUACGAUACGGUCGAGGGGUCUUGGAUCUGAACAAUGUCCUGCUGGUUCGGUCGGGCCGAUAAAUAUGGGACGAACAAAUUUGAACACUAUAAAAUGUAUUCUCAUUUCCUUUUAUAAUUAUAACAAUAUUGAUAUAAUUGGUCGCGCUCGAGUUUAGCUCGAAGAGUGGCCUUUUAUAGUUUUAUAAUUCUAACGACGUGGCGCCGCCGCCACGCCGCUAUCGUGACGAUAGCACACUCAAUAUAGCAGAUAUUUUGCCUUUGUUGUAAAAUUUGUUCAAGUAUUACAACCGAUGGGGGAUUUAACGAUUCCGCCAGUUAUUGACUCUACCGGACAUGUUUACGUAUUGAUUCCGCCGGCUAUCGAGUCCAAUUAUACAAUUAAUAUAAAUAGAAUAAACAGAUUAGAAACCUUGAACCUUGAGCACUAAAUUUUGUGUAUUUGUACACACAUUAAACUGUACGGUAUGGAGGGUUGAUUCCCAUGAUUUACUUUAUGUACUAGUUGAUCAGUUUACAGAGUACGAUUUUAUCUCGAUCAUGUUGUUUUUAUUUUUCUACACAAGAGAAACACUCCAACUUAUGUAAUUUAGCACAGAAAAAUUGGUAUCCAACAAAAAAAAUUGUUGAAAAUCAUUUUGCUGGGGAAGCGAUUAUUAUAUACCUCGAGUGGAGUGGAACCUCGAUAACUCGAACCUCUAUAAGUCGAAUUUUCGAUAACUCGAAUUUUUUUUUCGCCCCCAACCAAUUCGAGUUAUCGAGGUUCCACUGUAUUUAGUUAUGGUUGAUAGUUCUACGCGGUAUGUGAUUAAAACAACUAGUGUGUACCUACCUAUUCAGUAUUCACACACUAGUCAUUCGACUAAUGUUCUGAAGUUUUAGUUUUUCGCAAAUUUAAAUUGCUGAACUGUUGAAAAUGUCGAUAAAUGAUUCAAAUUGAGUACCAUCAGGUGAAAAAAUCGCAUUUUUGGCACUAUGGUAUAUCGCAGGGUAUGUCAUUAAAAAUAAGGAAUUUGUUUUAACUAUACAAAAAAAUGGUUUCUGAGAAAAAUAAAUAAUUAGCUUCCUUUUAUACUCGAAUCUAUAAUAUAUUUCAACCUUAUUUAAUAACUUAUUGAUUUAUUCCUCUAAAAGUUAUUUUAUUUUUCCUUAGAGAUUUUUGUUUAAUAAAAAUAAAUAUUUAUUUUAGUUACUUACAUAUUAGUAUAAUGUUCCUUGUUUCUAUAUUUAUCAAGUAUACUGUCAUUAUUUUAAUUAAGUUUUACAAACAUAUUUGAUAUAAUUUAAUAUUAAUACUAAAGAUUUGUUCAAAAAAUUCAAAAAAUGACUGGGAAAAUGAAUUUUAAAUUAGGAUGGUAAAUAUAUACUAUAUUAACAUUUAAAUGUUCAUUUGUUACCUUGAUACAUAUUUUCUUUAGGUAUGAUAGACAAUUGGACAACAAAUUAACACAACUUGUACCGAACGGUAUGAUAUCGUUUAAAGAUAGAACGGCCAUGGAUGACUUUCGUCUGAAAGCCGAAAAAAGGGAUAUGCACAUGACGAUAAAUGCUAUGUUCAAUUUAAGGGUAAAUGAACUGUUUCCAAUUGUCAAAUAAAUACUUGUAUCUUCUUGUGUUAACAACCUUAAGGCUGGUUGGCAACAAUAUUCCACUCCUAACACUUCUCCGAUUUUCUUUAUAAUUCACAAUAAAAUCCGCAGUCCAUAUCUCUUUAUUUGCCUAAUGUAGUCCAGUAGCGGUCACUCUCUGCCUUUAUUCCCCCCAAUGGCCCCCUUCUAUUAUCUUGCUAAGUAGACUAUUAUGGCGCAAUAUGUCUAAUACAAAUACAAAUACUUGUAUACUAUUAUUAUUACAGAAAAAACUUAUGUCAUGGGAAACAAAGAUGGUGUUGUGUGGAAUAUUGGAUCCGUCGCUUGUCAACAGACAUGUUUUAGAUCAUCCCGUCGUAAUACAAAGGAAAGCGUUGGGUGAGUUAAUCGUACAGAACCAGAAAAAGACGUAUAAGGUAAUAUGGACACUUAUGAAUACUGCAGCACUAACUUUAUAUGUAAAAUGUGAACAUUUAUUUUUGUUAAUACCUACUCAUAUUAUGUAGAAGAUCAAAAAAGGAAAAAGAAAACUAACGAUUCUCGAGAAGAUCGAGAAGGAAUAUUGUAAAGAGACCAUGACGGACGCGAACAAAUUGGGUAUAUCCUUCAACAAGAUACCAUUCGGCACGAGUAUUAUCUGUGAUUAUCAUGAACAUGGGAAAAAUUUAAAAAAAAAAAUUUACCAACACAAUAAAGACGUUGGAUUACAUAUGCCAAGAUCAAAUCGUAACGUGCCGCGAUUUAGAGACGUCGACGUAGAGGAUUGGAAAAAAAUGCCUUUAAACACCUUGGAAGUAAGUUUUCAACUGCUUAUAGUAUUGAUAAACACAUUUUAAUAAUUGAAACGAUAAGGCCAUUAAUAUACUUAAUAUUUUUCAUUAUGUAAAGGACCACAGAAAAUGGCACGCCGUGGGGUUGAAGAUAAUCGCCGGUCAGUAUAAUGGCCGUUACAUUAUGUAA